CUAUGCUUCUUUCAUCCUUCGGUGCUUCGUUCCUUCCAAAGAUAGAACGGUAGAAUGGUAUGCCAGCGUUUCUCGUGCCUCACAAGUCAGGCGCACAUCGUGUGACAGCAAUCGCUCUCUACCGCGCGCUACUCACAAAAUGCCGUUCGGCACCGCCGUCCCUUGAUAGGUCUGCAUUGGAAGCUGUUGUCAAAAAGAGCUUCGCAAAGAAUAGACAUGUGACGAGCAAAUAUGUCCUGCAAGGCGCCUUUGCUGGCGGCUAUGAGGCCCUCGACCACUUGACCGCCAGCAUCACCGGCGACAAUACCAGCGUCUCCCACUUAAACAGUCUACUCUACCGCCUCCCCAGCAAUCUCAAAACCACCACUCCACCACCCAAACCACCACCACCACCGUCGACAAAACAAGCAGCAGUGGUAGGAUCAACACUCUCCCUUCGACCUCGCCCGGCCUUCUCCCUCCCCUCACGCCGUCGCAUUCCCGUUCUGGUAAACGCAAACAAGAUCCCCAUCCUCCGCUUCACCAAACCUCAACCAGCCAUCCUAUCCCAAUACAUCAGAUCCCGCCUCGUCCUGCGACAAAAACGUCUAGACCUCAAACUCAAACUCGAAACCGACAUGGAAAUCGCAAAAGCGGAAGAUGAGUGGGAUAGGAUACUCUUCGCUCGGGGGAUCAAAGAGGAAUCAGGAAAUGAAGUAGAUGAAUUCGGGCGUAGGCAGAAGAGGACGACAUGGACGGCCGCAAUUUAUGAGGCUUUGGGGCAGACGUAUAAGGCUAUUGAGGAUGAGGGGGUGAAGAAUAAGGAGAUGGCUAAGAGGAUGGUGGGGAUCAUUGAUAGGGAGAAGGAAUUGGCCGAGGUGGAGCGGAAGGAGAGGCAGAGGGUGAAGAAUGAAGAGAGGAAGAAGAGGAAGGCUGAGAGAGAUAGUGCCGUGAACAAGAAUUAAUGAUGCAAGGUCGCAUUUAUCUUCGUUGAGUAGAUAUAUACCAUGUCCGUUGCCUUUACUCUCAUUGAAUUGCUCCCUCCGAAUUGC